CGGGGCUGCAGCACCGCCUGGUGGUUGGAGGUGGAAGCUGCUCUGCGGGAUAAAGAUGGCGGCUGCAGGAGUCCUUCAGAGGGUCAGCGGAGGUUUGGUCCGGGCUUCAUGCAGCCCCCGCUCCGCAGGACAACUGGUCCUUUGGAGCAGAGGGUUUGCAACAUCAAGCAGCAGUAAUGGCCAGGACAGCUGGUUCAAAUCACUGUUUGUGAGAAAAGUUGAUCCACGCAAAGACGCACACUCCAACCUUCUGACCAAAAAUGAGGAAAGUAAUCUCUACAAAAUUCAGUUUCAUAACGUUAAGCCAGAGUGCCUGGAUUCAUACAACAAGCUGUGUGAGGAAGUGUUGCCUUCCAUCCAUGCUGAUAAGUACUACCCCUGUGAGCUGGUGGGAACCUGGAAUACCUGGUAUGGAGAACAAGACCAGGCUGUUCACCUGUGGCGUUACAGAGGAGGCUACCCUGCCCUAACAGAGGUGAUGAACAAGCUCAGACAGAACAAGGAGUUUACAGCGUACAGGAAGGAGCGGGGGAAGAUGCUUCUGUCCCGGAGAAAUCAGCUUCUCCUGGAAUUUAGUUUCUGGAAUGAGCCUGUUCCCAGAGAGGGACCUAACAUCUAUGAGCUCAGGUCCUACCAGCUCAGGCCAGGAACCAUGAUUGAGUGGGGUAAUUACUGGGCCAGAGCCAUAGGAUACAGACAACACAACAGAGAGGCCGUCGGCGGCUUUUUCUCCCAGAUUGGAAGUCUUUACAUGGUCCAUCAUCUCUGGGCUUACAAAGACCUUCAGUCCAGAGAAGACACGAGGAACGGUGCCUGGCAGCAGGAAGGCUGGGACGAGGUGGUGUAUUACACAGUUCCUCUCAUCCAGCAAAUGGAGUCCAGGAUUAUGAUCCCGACAAAGGCCUCACCACUGCAGUGAAGAGUGGCGGCUCCACCUGAACGACUGGCAUCACUGCAAACGUUAGAACCAACCCAGAGAUUAUGGUUCUGACUUUCUGUCUGUGCUGCAAGAAAAUAUCCCUUAAAGUUUAAUUCUUCCCCUUUUUCUUCAGGGUUUCACGAGGGUCCAACACUGUCAACUUAUGACAUAGACGACGCGUAACACUGAAACCUCCUCCGUGUUUGUUACUGUGCCACACUCCAUCCGGUCCAAAACCAGAACUGUCCUCUGAUUUCAAAACCAAACCUAUGUUACUUGAAGACAAGCAGCUGUGGAUAUUUAUUUAACAUAAAGCAGAUGAUAUUACAACAUUCAGGGUCAGUUCAUACUCGUCACACUUGGUUCAAGUGAAUCAGACCACAUCGUGUUGUUUUGGUUCAUUUAAGCUGUGUAAAUGCUAACAUGCUAACCUCAGUGUGUUUGAUACGAUCUGAUAAACACCUGCAGAAAGACGGAGUUUAAUCUGCCUCCCAACAGGCCAGUCAAUAGAACCAUUGGACUGCGGAAUUCCCCAGAGUUGUCAAAUAUCCAGUUGUAUGCUAACAACAACUGCAGCAGAAGUGACAAAUUACGCAUCAAGGACUGUGUUCAUUUAGGUGUCAGGAGAUGACGACACUAACGUCACAUUUGUCAACAAAUUACCAUCAACUUAAAACCCAGAAACUUUUCGCAAGUGUGAGUGCGUCCUGAAACUUCAGCUGUGUCUCUUCAAAGUGAAUCAACAAGAUGUCGGUCUGAACAUGUGACAAAAAACUACUUACAUGUUACAAAGUGUAUAAAAUAUCAACCAGAUAAAUAGUGGUACUCGUGCCACGUUUACUGAUCUUGCUUUAUUCUUUUCUUUAUUUCAUUUUCCGGUCAUAUCGAUACUGUUACACGGUGCCAUGUUUGUAAAAAUGGCUUCAACUUUUGUUGUUCUUGUGACGACUGCAUGUUUUAAAAUAUUUUUUGAAAUAUAUCGUGGAUCAAUGAGGCAUAAAUGUAAAACAUUCUAAAUAAAGAGUUAUGUACAAAAAACA